AUGGUCCCCCAGAGAGUAUGGUCCCCCAGAGAGUAUGGUCCCCCAGAGAGUAUGGUCCCCCAGAGAGUAUGGCCCCCCAGAGAGUAUGGUCCCCCAGAGAGUAUGGUCCCCCAGAGAGUAUGGUCCCCCAGAGAGUAUGGUCCCCCAGAGAGUAUGGCCCCCCAGAGAGUAUGGUCCCCCAGAGAGUAUGGUCCCCCAGAGAGUAUGGUCCCCCAGAGAGUAUGGCCCCCCAGAGAGUAUGGCCCCCCAGAGAGUAUGGCCCCCCAGAGAGUAUGGCCCCCCAGAGAGUAUGGUCCCCCCAGAGAGUAUGGUCCCCCCAGAGAGUAUGGUCCCCCCAGAGAGUAUGGCCCCCCCAGAGAGUAUGGUCCCCCCAGAGAGUAUGGCCCCCCAGAGAGUAUGGCCCCCCAGAGAGUAUGGCCCCCCAGAGAGUAUGGCCCCCCAGAGAGUAUGGCCCCCCAGAGAGUAUGGUCCCCCAGAGAGUAUGGUCCCCCCAGAGAGUAUGGUCCCCCCAGAGAGUAUGGUCCCCCCAGAGAGUAUGGUCCCCCCAGAGAGUAUGGUCCCCCCAGAGAGUAUGGCCCCCCCAGAGAGUAUGGCCCCCCCGAGAGUAUGGCCCCCCCAGAGAGUAUGGCCCCCCCAGAGAGUAUGGCCCCCCAGAGAGUAUGGGUAUGA